UGCACACUGAGUCAGAGCCAGCCCUGCACAGAUUUCUUUGAAUCGUUGGUUUCCUCCCAGAGACUCUUGACACCCUGCCAACAAAACAGGGCGUAGCUCAUUAAUUUUAUUUUUUUUCUCCUUCUCUUUAAAGGCAGUCUGAUUCAUAGUAACUCCUUUAAAACAGAGUGGAAAGACACCACCCUCCCACACCACCGGAGGAAACUUAAACCACCACCAGGUCACUCCCCUUCACUCCAGCUCUGCUCUCCGAGACACCGGCACUGCAGCCCAGCACGCUCCUUCUUCCACAGGUGCCAGCACCAGCCCCAGCCCACAAGAGCUCUCUGUAUCGGUGACACCACCUAGAAGAGACCCAAGAUGUUGGUUCUACUGGCUGGUAUCUUUGUGGUUCACAUUGCCACUGUCAUCAUGCUCUUCGUCUCCACCAUUGCCAACGUUUGGAUGGUGGGUUCUUCCAGUGCUGGAACGAUCUCAAGAGGACUCUGGCUGCUGUGCAACAAGACCUGCACUCAGCUGCCAGUUAGCAGUGAAGAUGAGGCUUCCCUCAAAGCCGUGCAAGCCUUUAUGAUCCUCUCGAUAAUUUUCUCCGUUGUGGCGCUCGUUCUGUUCAUUAUCCAGCUGUUCAGCCUGGAAAAAGGCAAACGUUUCUACAUGACCGGAGCCGUCAUGCUGGUUUGCUGGAUGUGCAUUCUGAUUGCAGUCUCCAUUUACACAGCUCGGUUCGCAGGCACAGUGUACACCACAAAUCCUCACCAUGGCUACUGCUUCAUAUUGGCCUGGAUCUGCUUCUGCUUUAGUUUUGUUAUUGGCAUCCUCUACCUUGUUCUUAGAAAAAAAUAAGACUGAUGGGUGUCCAGGGGAGAGGGUUGGCUACUGGGAGUGGGGAAGAAUUACUCUGCUGAGAGAGCUGUUGGGCCAAUAGACAAAAACAGCCACCAUCAUCACCAUUGCCACUGCAGAAAAAUCACUAACAAAGCUAGAUUCCUCAGAAGCUCCUUCAUUAAAGAGAAGGAGAAACAACUCCUACAGAUCUAGCACUUCUGGGGCUAGAAAUCUGCAAGUGACCCAGACAGCUCUUCUCCUUUUCUGCAAAGUUGUGCCAUACCUUCACAAAGCUUCAAGCUCAGCAGUGAUGAUUAAAGGGCACCACAAAAACAAAGGCUAUAUCUUUUUCUCUUCCUAGAGCCCUUCUUACUUACAUUUGAGUGUGCCUUGUGGGUUGGACAGUGAGGAUUAUGACCCCUUUAUUUGUCUAUUG